AUGAGGUUUGAUUGUGCCAAAAGUUCUAGUUUUUCUUAUAUCACUUUUGUAUUCCUCACUUUCAUUGCCAUUUUUGUCGGUAUUGCAGGAACUUCAGCUGGUGUUGGAUUUGCUAUUCCAUCUUCAACUGUACUUAGAAUCGUUCCUCAGUUGAUUCAGUUUGGAAAAGUUGUUAGAGCUGGUUUGAACGUGGAUAUUGCUCCAGAUUUAAUUGCAAAUCAACUUAACGUUCGAAAUGGGGCUCUUAUUCUAACGGUUCCAAAAAAUAGUCUUGCUGCAAAAGUUGGGCUAAAUCCCACAACAAGGGGAUUUGCUGGUAAUAUAGUCCUUAGAUUUUCAUGA